AUUGAUAUUGCCCGCCCUGCCGCCAAAUUUUGCUGCGCUAAAGAGGAAGCAGAGCUUCGAACUCCAAUCAGGAAAUCACAAAAUGGCUUCGGCAGAUGAAGAGUCGGGCAGCGAGGAGCCCUGCUGUAGCUCUGAUUGCACAGACGACUGUGAAGACGAUGACUACAAUGAAGUCCAGGGAGAAGAAGAUCCGCAAGUCGACGGAGAUGAUGAGGUUGAAUGCGCGGCGAGAGCGGUUUUCAGGAUUCCUCCACCGUCUGAUGCUGAAAGGAAAUCCUGCAAUGUCUCUGCUCUCAUUCGGGGAAAUCUCAUUGUUAAAAGGCAAUCGCUAAUUCCUCGAGUUCUAUCGGUUGCUGAUGGAGCUGUGGUGGCUCGAAGGCCGUUCAAGCCUCCGUGCCCCGAUGGGUAUGAAGAUCAGAACAAACUCGCGCGACGACUUUUUGCCCGUAAAAGGUUUGUUCCUUGGGGUUCAUCGAGGCCACCAUUGACUGAUAUUAAGAAUCUCUUUAGUUCUCCCCCUGUUAAUGAGAAUGACAAGAAAGAAAUGUAUGAGCCUCUUCCACCCGGCGUUGAGCCUUUGGUUUUAUGGCAAAAUGAAGGGACGGGAGAACCAGCUCAGAUCACGGUUGAUCCGUCACUAGUUUGCUAUCUUAGAACUCAUCAAAGAGAAGGUGUUCAGUUUAUGUUUGAUUGUGUUUCUGGGCUAUAUAGCGCUGAAGGUAUUUCUGGAUGCAUUCUUGCUGAUGACAUGGGGCUGGGUAAGACUCUCCAAUCUAUUACACUGCUUUACACCCUUCUUCGUCAGGGCUUUGAUGGAAAACCCAUGGUUAAGAGAGCUCUCAUUGUUACUCCCACAAGUCUUGUCAGUAACUGGGAGUCUGAAAUUGAUAAGUGGAUUGGAAGAAAAAUCCAAUUACUUUCUCUUUGUGAAACCUCUAGGGCUGAUGUUUUAUCUGGAAUCGACAGUUUCUUAAGGCCUACCAGCACCUUACAGGUACUGAUCUUGUCCUAUGAGACAUUUAGAAUGCAUUCAUCAAAAUUUGAGAAGAAUGGAAGCUGUGAUCUGCUAAUAUGCGACGAGGCUCACAGAUUGAAAAAUGACCAGACAUUAACAAAUCGGGCUUUGGCCACUCUACCAUGUACUCGGAGAAUCUUAUUAUCAGGGACACCCAUGCAGAAUGAUCUAGAAGAAUUCUUUGCUAUGGUCAAUUUCACAAAUCCUGGUAUUUUGGGGGAUGCAACAUACUUUCGUCGCUGCUAUGAAGCACCAAUCAUUACUGGUAGAGAGCCAGUGGCCACCAUGGAGGAAAGGAAGUUGGGUUUGGAGAGAUCUGCAGAACUUAGUGCAAAAGUAAAUCAGUUUAUAUUGAGAAGGACAAAUGCUUUGCUGUCAAAUCACUUACCACCUAAGAUAGUGGAAGUAGUGUGUUGCAAGCUCACCCCCUUGCAGAUUCAGCUAUACAGACAUUUCAUUCAAUCAAAAAAUAUUAAGCAUGUAAUUGCAGAGGAGUUGAAGCAUUCCACAAUUUUGUCCUAUAUUACAGCACUUAAAAAACUUUGCAAUCACCCUAAGCUCAUUUAUGAUUCAAUCAGAAGUGGAGGGUCUGCAACAUCAGGAUUUGAAAAUUGCAUGCAGUUUUUCCCUUCUGAAUUAUUUUCUGGAAGGUCUGGAUCGUGGACUGGUGGUGGAGGAAUAUGGGUAGAGUUAUCAGGAAAAAUGCAUGUCUUAGCUCGGCUGUUGGCCCAUCUUCGUCAGAAAACUGAUGACAGAAUAGUUCUCGUGUCAAAUUACACUCAGACACUGGAUCUUUUUGCCCAAUUAUGCUGCGAAAGGAAGUAUCCAUAUGUGAGGCUUGAUGGCACUACAUCUAUUGGAAAAAGACAAAAACUGGUCAAUCGUUUCAAUGAUCCAACAAAGAAUGAAUUUGUAUUUCUUUUGAGUAGCAAGGCUGGUGGUUGUGGACUUAAUUUGAUUGGAGGAAAUCGCUUGGUACUUUUUGAUCCUGAUUGGAACCCUGCCAAUGAUAAGCAGGCUGCAGCUAGAGUUUGGAGGGAUGGCCAGAGAAAGAGGGUAUACAUAUAUCGGUUUUUGAGCACUGGGAGCAUUGAAGAAAAGGUUUACCAACGACAGAUGUCAAAGGAAGGUCUUCAAAAAGUUAUUCAGCAGGGAAAUAGUCUUUCAGCAGAAAAUUUGCGUGACCUCUUCCAGCUCCGUGAAGAUGCUAAGUCUGAGAUUCAUGAAAACAUGAACUGUACUCGCUGUAACACUAAUGAUCAAGAAGUGGAAGACGGUAAUGCUUACUUACAUGUUAGGAAUAAACAUUCAAGUGGAGAUGGUCAGGCAAGUCAAUUGUCUGAUGACAUCGGUGCAUUUGCUGAAAUUUCUGGAUGCUUGCACAAGUUAAAACGCUCAGAAAGACAGAUUGGGUGCCCACUUGAGGAGGACUUGAAAAACUGGGGUCAUCACUCCAUCGCUGAAACUAUUCCAGAUGCAAUUCUGCAAGCCUCAGCUGGUGAAGAGGUUACCUUCGUAUUUACCAACCAAGUGGAUGGUAAACUUGUGCCGGUGGAAUCAACAGUGAGGUCAGCAGCCAUUGAAGCUAAUAAUGAGAUUCCACCUAACGCAGAAGAGUCAGAAUUCAAUGUAAAACAACGCAGAAAUACUCCUCGACCGUUGGGUGUACCUAUUAUCAAAGGAUUCUCUAAAUUCCCUAAAACCCCAACGUUCCCUCAACCUGUAUUUACAAAGAGUUCUGUCUCAAACUCAUCAGAUGAUUUUAUUUAAAUUUUUUGUCCAUAUAUUUUCUCAUCAACCUGGGAAUAAUGCAAUAUGGACCGUAGUCUUAACAGAUCUAUUGUAUUCUUAGUAGUAAUUUUGCAGAAUCAAUAUCAUCAGGCUGAAUAAUAUUUCCAAGGCUCAACAGUUAUUCAGCUGAUGUGCUGCUUAAAUGGUUGGUGACUUCAAUAAUGGCAGCUUACGGCAUCUAAUAAAGUAAGAUUUAUAACAAUUUAGUUGAAAUAAUUCAUUUUUUUUUUCAGAAGACUUAGAAAAACUACUUUUUUCAUAGAGUUCCUGCUUUUGUAAACAU